AUGAUAACUUUACUACCAAGCAUUUUUUCUGUCCUAAUAACGACAGAAUUUGUUCUGGGAAAUUUCGCCAAUGGCUUCAUAGCACUGGUGAACUGCAUUGACUGGGUCAUGAGACAAAAGAUGUCCUCAGCUGAUCAAAUUCUCACAGCUCUGGCGGUCUCCAGAAUUGGUUUGCUCUGGCCCCUGCUCUGGGUAAUCUUAAUAAAUUGGUAUAUGACUGUGCUUCCUUCAGUUUUUCAUAGUUUAGAAGUAAGAAUUAUUGUUUUUAUUGCCUGGACAGUAAGCAACCAUCUUAACAUCUGGCUUGCUACUAGCCUCAGCAUAUUUUUUUACUUGCUAAAGAUAGCUAAUUUCUCUAGCCUUAUAUUUCUUUACCUAAAGUGGAGAGUUAAAAGUGUACAUCUCGUAAUACUGUUGGGCGCUUCGGUCUUUUGGGUUUCUCAUCUUGCAGUGCUAUGGGUAAAUAAUAAUGUGCAGACUAAUGAAUUUGAAGGAAACAUCACUCAGAAGACCAAAUUGAGGGAUAUUGUAGCUCUUUCGAAUUUGACUCUAUUCACGCUAGUAAACUUCAUACACUUUUCUAUGUCUCUGACAUGUUUUCUGCUGUUAAUCAUUUCCCUGUGGAAACAUCUCAAGAAGAUUCAGCUUAAUGGCAAAGGAUCCCAUGAUCCCAGCACCAAGGUCCACAUAAGAGCCAUGCAAACUGUGGUCUCCUUUCUCUUGCUAUAUGCUGUUUACUUCUUGGCUCUAGUUAUCUUAGUUUGGAGUUCUAAUAGGCUGGAGAGUCAACUGCUUGUCAUGCUUUGCCGGGCUUUUGAAAUACUCUAUCCUUCAAGCCAUUCAUUUAUUCUGAUUUGGGGAAACAAGAAGCUAAGACAGGCCUUGCAAAAUAUACGAAAUAUUAUAAGAUUACCAUACUAUUAA